AUGGACAGUUAUGUCGUCUUGGAUCCUGUAACUCCUCCUACAGCGACUCAUUCUUCCAGCUUUUCACCUACCUUGCUUGCCGGCCAUAGUAGUGAAAAUUGUGUAGCUGGAGAAUCAGAGGUCUUUGGUAAACCGGUUGAUGACACUGCUUUUAUAGGAUCAUCACAGAAAACAGAAGGCGUGCAGGAUCUUAACGCGGAAGCGACUAAGAGCCUUAGCAUUGCAAAGGAAUACAUUAUGGCUGCCAUUGAUCGAGUUUCGAGACGCGCUACUCUCGCAAUCUGGUCUGCUAAGUGCGAAUGGCGGACAUUGCGUCACUGUCUGGCAUAUACUUUAAUUACAUGGGAGCGGACGCUUAGACAGCAGGACGCCAGCCGUCACUUUUUCAAUGGUGACUUAUCUGAACGCCAUGCAACCGGUCUGGGCUACAUGCUGCGUGCCUCACUCGCCGCUCACGCACGUUAUGGAACUGUUGACUCAGAUCUCUUUCGUCUACCUCGGAAGCAGGCUGUUAAAGAGAGCCAUCUCGGCCCACCACAAUCUUCAUCUCUAACAGUACACAAAUCAAAUACUCUAAUUGGAGCAUCCAUUCAUUCUCCCAUUUCAAGUCAUCUCAAUAAUUUUGCUUCUGGAACUGAUUCUGAGACCAUUAAUACUGCACCUUCAUAUGAAAUCGAAAAUGCUGAUGAGGCCUGUAUGCCCUCAACUUCCAGCCAUUGUGAAUCAACGCAACAUACAGUAACGGAGCCGCCAUGGUGGUGGCAUGCAUUUUUUGAACCAAGUACUUCCGGUGAGUAUUUUAGUCAGAUUGUAGAAAUGACGACAUAG